UUUGCUAUUAAAAAGCAAAAUCACAGAAAACAUUUUGGCUUUGUUUUUUAUUUUGAGAGAGCGAGAGAGGUGGGGAGCUCAAGAUCUUGCCAGAUCGGACCUGAAUUAUGUGGUGGUUGAUGUCAAGGCAUGGAAUUUGAUAAAAAUCAAGCUAGUUGGACAACUAACCGAUACCUACUAGAGCAUACAUAAAGAGUGCUGAUGUUCAUAGCUUUACAAGGAAUUUCACUUUUCACAUAAUUUUUUGGGGCUCUUUGAGUUAUAAUUUAUAUUUUUUGGAUUCAAGAGUUCUCUGCACAUUAUAUCCUGUUCUAAACUGGUUGUCUUAAUCCUCCUGUACUUAUUUUUUUAUGUUUGAUGGGGCGAGAACUUCAGCGUGCAGACAUGGAGAAGAAGCCAAAUGGUCUUGCAGCGAAGUUUCAUGGCGUAUCUCAUGAUAAAGUACAUAUUUCUCCAAAACUUUCAAAAGCUGUCAUUGAAGCAAAGGAGUAUGUGGAGAAAGAAACUGCUGAAAAAUCAGAGAAGCAAGAUGUGCUUGGUGUCAAAAGCACAAAUUUUGAUGCUGACCCAUCUGAUGGAAAAGAUGAGAAACCUGGAGCUCAGAAAUUGAGUGAUGAUAAAAAUUCCAGUUCUCCCUCACAAAAAAUUGGUGUUAAUGGAAAUAAACAUGCUCAUCGUGCUCAUCAAACUGUCCCCCAGCAAUUUGCUCUGGCAACUGACAAGCAUGUCGGUGGGAACAGUUCCACAAAUUCGAACAAAACACAGUCCCCUGUUAGUAUGAAAAAUUCACAGCAAAAUUCACCUUCUACAGCAAGGAAGCCUUUGCAUCCUGAUAACAAGAAGCAUCAUGAUGAAGAAGAUAGUUGGUCCGUGACUUCAUCCACUUCUGCAUCUGUACGAACUGUUAAAUCUGUAACUGUUGGAACUGCCCCAACUUUUAGGUCUUCUGAACGUGCAGCGAAGCGGAAAGAGUAUUAUUCGAAAUUGGAAGAGAAGCACCGAGCAUUGGAGAAAGAGCGAAGCCAGGCUGAGGCAAGGACCAAGGAAGAGCAAGAAGCAGCCAUCAAGCAGCUUAGAAAGAGCAUGCUGUACAAAGCAAAUCCAGUGCCUAGUUUCUACCAUGAGCCACCUCCACCCCAAGUUGAACUCAAGAAGUUACCAUUGACUCGACCACAAUCACCGAAACUAAACCGGAGAAAAAGCUGCAGUGAUGCGGUUCGAACAUCUCAGGAGGAAGUGGGCAAACAUUGUGCUCGCCAUCGCCACAGCAUCGGUAGCCACAAGGAUUCAACUGGUGCCAACACUGCCAAAGCUAAGGUUCAGAUAAGUUCACAGACUGCUAAUGGCAUCCGCAAAGUCAAAGACCGAUCUAAACAGGAUCAUGUUGCAACAAAAGCAGAUCCCGAGAAGAUUGCUGGGCCAACAAAUGCAGACAUAUCUGUUCAGUCAUGAACUGCUGGUUUUUACUAACUCUUAAGUGGGAAAACAUCUUGAAUUUGCUUUAAUCAUCAUAUUGGAUGUUUGGAGAGGAGAUAGCCUACUUUUCAGCUGAGAUGACCUUUUCUUCUUCUUCUUCUUUUACUUUUUUCCCCCUUUCCAAACGGUUUGUGUCUGUGAAUUGUAUAUGUUAUGUAAGUUAUAUCAGUACAUAUCAUGUUAUCAAAAGAGUUACUGAUUCUAAUAUGGACCGAAUCUGUUGUUUUCGUCUGAUGUAUUAUCACCCAAGAGGUUUUCCUGCGUAUGUUAUUUGGAAACUCAAGGCACUAGUUUUGGUCUGGUUAGUUGGUUGUUUUCUUCAUUUUGAAACAUGUAACUUGUAGAACCUCUACUUUCGUAACUGCUAUAUUAUAUUGUACACGGUGCGAGGUUCUUGAUGUUUGAA